AUGCGAAUCACUCCUUUCGACCACAGUAUUCUCCAAUUCCUCAGAAAAGCUCUGCAGGUGCACCAACGCUUCAUCGCCGGCGGCUUAUCGCGUGCGGAGUCACCAAUUUACGUCAUCGGAAAUCCCUCCGCGGACCUCGACUCGAUCAUCUCCGCGCUUGUCUACUCCUAUUUUGCGAAUAAUCGAGUCCCACGGGACUAUCCGAGACCUCAUGUGCCGAUAAUCAAUCUCGACAACGUUCCUGCUGGCUCCGAGCUACGAAGGUUGCGGCCCGAGUUUGUCAAAGCGUUACAACUUUCGAGGGAAAAUGCGGGGGAAACUUUGGAUGAGAGCUUAUUGCUCAAGGAUCAUUUUCUAACUGUAGCAGAUUUAUCUGCACAGAUACAGCAGGCUACGAAGAACCAGACACAGGCGGAGUCGGUUCUGGUGGACUGGAAUGCGUUGCCUAUAAGGUCUUCUGAGGCUCAGUCGGGGAAGGGCUCGUUGUCAGGCCUGCAAGGAGUUGAGUUUAGGGUUGUGGGCUGCAUCGAUCAUCAUGCCGAUGAAACUUUCCUCCCGCCUAUCCCUGAUACACAACCUCAUAUUGUGGAACCGGCGGGGUCGUGCACCUCGCUUGUUGUCGCAAUGCUAGAGAAGAUGGGUCUCUGGCGGAAAUCGGAUGCAGAGAGUGUGUCUACAAGCGAAGAGGAAAUGGCCAAACUGGCUCUGGCGCCGAUACUUAUCGACACCACAAAUCUGACUAAUAAAGACAAGGUGACCAAGUUCGAUACUUCGGCUUAUGAUUUCCUACUACCCAAGGCGACCACUAGCGAUUCAUCGUGGGAUUCGAGUCGGUUCUAUUCUGAGAUCCAGAAAACGAAAGAGAACAGCCUCGACUUGCUUACUGUAGAUGAGAUUCUGGACCGCGACUAUAAAGAAUGGGCUGAGAAGCCUUCUCGACAUACUGAUCAGCCCCCGAUACAGAUUGGUAUCUGCUCAAUGGUCAAAUCAAUUCCGUGGGUGGUCCGAAAAGCAGGGAGCUCCUCGGCUUUUCUGGACUCAUUGAAACAAUUUGCUUCUCAGCGCAAUCUAGAUAUCGUCAUCGUUAUGACUGCAUUCAGUUCAGCGGACGGGGACUUUUCCCGAGAACUGCACGCUUACACGCUCAGCGACCGAGGUAUUGCUGCGUUGAAAGCUUUCAUCUCUGAAUCGAGUUCACAGCUGGGCUUGGAAGAUUGGUUCUCACUUGAUGGAGAAGACCAUUCUCAAGACAUCAAAUCUACACUGCAAGACUCGAAAGAUGGGUCUCUCUGGACGCGUCUGUGGGUGCAGACCAACGUGUCGAAGAGCAGGAAGCAAGUUGCUCCCUUGAUUAGGGGUGCAGCUGCUUCUCUCUGA